AGAAGAAGAAGAAAGGCGGCGAGAAAAACAAUCAUGGCGGAUAGUGAAAACAUCCCCCCUGUGUAUUUUGCUGUCAGUAACAUUCCUGCUGCUUUUCGCUCCGCAGACCUUAGAAACUAUUUCAGUCAGUUCAUAGAAAGUGGAGGUUUUCAUUGUUUCCAUUACAGACAUCGACCAGAGGUCAUUAGGGAGACCGAGGUGACAACUGAGUGUGGGGACGAAGAGGAGGGCAGGAGGUCCGGACCUCCGGAGACCGACCCGGAGACUCCACAGAAGUCCGACACGAAGCAGAGGAAGACGACGUGCUGUUGUGUCGUUUUAGUUGAUGCUAAAGAUGCGGACAGGUUCGUCCGGAUGUACGCGGGGAACAACUGGAUUGACUCAAAGGGGAAUUGGCUGUCGAAACGAUGUGUUAUUAAAAGAGUCAGGGUCUCACAUGACAAAGGUUAGUAUGGGGGGGACUGAGUCUGGACUGAGUGUAAUUCAAUGUUAGUCAAAGAAAUGUGCUGUAUUAGGGUGACACUGAAAAUGCUGGAAAAUCAUACAGGGUAGCUUCCCACUUGUCACUUUUCAAUUGUCAGUCUUAAAUAGCUUAAAAAAUUAACUUUUACCCUCAUGUUUAGGGAAGAGUGGGGUAAGUUGAGCCAAAGGGUAGGUUGAGCCACCCCCUGUUGCUUGGAAAUGGUAAAAGAAAUUGAUCAUAUGACCAAAUAUUUAGGGAGUGUGCAUCAAUUCAUGGAGUCAGUGAAGGUUAGAAGCACAUGGGUGAAGAGGUUAGACAUUUAUUUUAAAAAAAAAAAAAAAAAAAAAAAAAAAACAUUUUUCACUCUUGAAAGUGGAUUUAGUCUGUCAUAAAAACUUUUGACAGACUAAAUUAAAAUUCAGAAUUGUGUUCAGACCAAAAAAGAUCAUUUUAAAAGUCCACCAUUUUAGCUUAGAGGACUAAUAAAGUCAUCAUAGUAGUUCUGGGGUAAGUUGAGCCAGUGACUCAACUGAGAAAGUAAAGAAGUCUGAUGAGAGGAUCAGAGUUUCAGUUCAGAUUGUUGAAAUGUGUUACUUUUCCUUUUUCAAAAAUACAGCUGUGACUGUUCUGAAUCACCUAAAGACAUUCUCAUGUUAAAAUGGCUUUUUACAAAACAGCUUUUUAACAGUUAUAUGCAAUAAUAAAAAAGAAUUAUUGUACCAGUUGAAUAGUGUAUAAUAGAUAAAAAUACACACGAAUGUGAAGAAGUGACUGUUAUUUAGGGAGAGAGAAGGUGAGGGAGGGCUGAAGUGGAGAGUGGAGGGGUGGUAGGGAUACGACUCAACUUACCCUGCUCUCCUAUGGUCAACUUACCCCAAACACGGGGUAAGUUGACCAUAGGAGACCACUUUUUUUGGCAUGCUAUAUUAUCAAGAAAGUUAUGUUUACACUCAUUCUGUUGGUUUGCAGGGAUGCACAACAUCUUAAAAUAUAUGCAGAUACACUAGUUAGAGACAAAACUAUGAUUGACUUGAUUAGUGAUCCGAAUAUAAAAAAUGGCUCAUCUUACUCCACUCCUCCCUACUUGUGAUGUGUACUUCUAUAUCCAACUGUUUUCCUUUUUUCAGAUGAUGGGUCAUUCCCCUACAAAACAAGGCAGGAAACACAGCAUCGGGUGUCCUUAAAAGAGUGCUUCACUGAUGCUGACCUGAAAAGCUUACCAGAGCUAAACCCACCUUCCCUGAUGCAGAAUGGUAAUGUAGGAACGCCGGUCAAAGUGUUCCUACAGCUCAUCCAGUCCUGUCGACUGCCGCCGCGCCUUAUCCGUAAACUGGGCCUCACUUUUCCAAAGACCAGCUCCAACCGCUGUUACGGAAAUGUACCUUUUCAGUACAGGGGCUCUGUGACCCUUCCAGCCACAGAAGAGACUGUUUUAACUGCUGCUGGACAUGAAAUUGCAGGACCUGGCAGAUUGGCUGCUCCAAACUCAGGAUGGAGGCAGAAACAUCACACAGAGACAACAGAGAUAAGAGAAGAAGAAGAAGAGGAGGAGGAGGAAGGGGAUGAAGAUGCACAGUCAAAUGCGGAUGAUGUGGGUUAAAGAUGUAAUUUUUAAAUUUAAAUGUAAAAACUGUCACUGUGAUGAACGGUGAACUUAGCUCAUUUUUAUGAUUUAUCUUGUUGGCUGUAGGAUGAUGACUGCUGCGAGGAGUGGGAGAGACAUGAGGCUUUACAUGAAGAUGUGACGAGUCAAGAACGAAGUAAAGAAAGGCUGUUUGAGGAGGAGAUUGAGCUGAAGUGGGAAAAGGGGGGCUCAGGCCUGGUGUUCUACACUGAUGCCCAAUACUGGCAGGAGGAAGAGGGAGGUAUGCAAACCAUUUUUUUUAUGAUGUACAGUAUAUUUUAACAAUUGCCCUGAUGUACCAUAAUAGAGGUUUACACUAUUAAACUAAGAUAUUAAGAUAAAAAAAGAUUAGCCAUCUUAGCUAGCGUGGUUUUUGGAAGUCACACUGAUGGGGAUCUUUAAUGAAAAUUGAAUGCAAUUGAGAUUAGAAUAAUGAACACGAUUUUUCAUGAUUUGACAUCUGCAUCACAGAACUUAACUCAAAAUCUCCUUCGAACUUGAAAACUCUAAAGUUUUUGAAAAUUAAUCAUUGAAAACAUAGUUUUGCCGUCAUAUAUUAUGACUGUAGGGAGCUGCAACUGUGAUUGAAAUUGAAUGAGUGGUUCUAAUGUUAUUGAUCACCCACUCCUUCCCUAUAUCCAGCCUAACAUCAUGAUUGUGUGCAGUUUUUUGUAAAACAGAUAAAGAUGUUAUAUGUAUUGAAAAGAAAAUUAUACUAUUAUUGUAAGACAAAGUCUAUACCGUGUUCUUUACUGAAUAUUUAACUCUCUAAUUUUUCUUUCCAUUCGUAGAUUUUGAUGAACAAACAGCAGACGACUGGGAUGUUGACAUGAGUGUUUACUAUGAUAAAGGUAUCUAAAGCUUUUUACUUUAUUCAAACUGACAAAAUGAAUAAUUUCCGCAAAGUAAGAUUUCUAUAACGCAGCUCUUUACUUUCAGAUGGAGGUGACAUGGAUGCACGUGACUUUGUCAGGAUGCGUUAUAAAAAAAGGCUCAGAGAGGGCCUUGAGGAUCGAUCUGGAUGCAGUCAGUCCAUUGGAAGCUUUGAAAGGUUCACAAAGGUAAGAAAAUCCCCCUUUAAUUGGUCUUAAUAUUUUCUUGUCAAGCUUACAGUGUAGGAACAACUUUUAAAUGUUGUUUUGGCCUUCACAGGGCUUUGGUCGUCGUCUAAUGGAAAAACAGGGCUGGAAGGAUGGCGAGGGAUUGGGAAAUAGUCAGGUUGGGAUUCCUGAAGCGCUUGAGAGUGAGGGCCAACAUCCCCACUGUAAAAGAGGCUUUGGGUGCGUUGACAGAAACAACAUAAAAAAAAACAACAUACACACAUUUUUGUUAACAAUUGAUCGGACACUCAUGCUGUUGUGUUUUAUUUCUGCAGAUACCAUGGAGAAAAACUGGUCACACGUCCAGUAAAAAAGGCCAGAACAGAUUUCCACAUUUCUACUGUGUAUGAUAAACCCAAAGAUGUAGAUGAAGGGGACACUUUACUGAGACGUCAACCUAAUACAUCUAUGAAGUACAGAGGCUGGCAGCCAGGUGGCAGCAUUGGUCCACAAAGAUGACAAUAACUCAAUAGUCAUUUAAAAUAAUUUAAACUCUUAUUUUUAAGAAUUGGUGAAUAAAAGUAUCAAACCACCCA